AUUCCCCCUUACGGAGAAGAAAAAAAAACACCAAAUAACAGCUGAAAUUACAAUAUGAUUUUUAAGGGACGAAUCAUACAUGCAAACAACAUAAUUUAGCAUUAAUUCGUUACCUAACAAAGAUGCAUAAUUUAUACGAAAAUACGGAAAUAGCUUCACAUAUCAAAUGACCUUGACAUUUAAGCGUAUGUUGUCAUGCAAGGAGUUCUUCUUGCACUCCACUGACUAACAAACCACCUGAUAUUCCUGUUCGCAGUUAAUUUGGAUAUUCAGCGUGCAUGGUAUAUUUUGUUUGAUAACAUACUAUGUAAAGGCAUUUCCUUUACAUAGACUGAUCUAUAUCUUUACAGUAGAUCACAUGUGCUUGUAUCUUCAUAAUAAAUACAUAGAUCUAUGAUAAACAGUGUACAUAUGUAAAUUAUUUACAUAUAGAUCUAUGUGCCCACUAUUUAUAUAUAUUAAGAUCUAAGCACCUGUGAAAAAUUGCCGAGCACGUUCGUAACUUGAAUACUUCUUAUUUGUUUGUGCUGCAAAGAUGGUUACAGAACCAGGAUCUUUUCUUUAAACAGGUUGGAAUACUAAAUAUACCAACCGCGGGAUGUUUUCGUGAAAUCGCGAUUAUCCCUCCCUAGCGAGAGUAAAUAUAUCCUGUACAACGAGAAAAACACCCGUGGAGUACAUCUCUUCGUGUUUCACGUGAAACGAAGAAAAGGUGCUAAAAUGUCUGAUACUUCUGCAAAUAUAUUAAAACAAAAACACUCACGAUGUGUAUUGGAUUUCAGACUGCCUCCCUCUUAUGCAUCAACUUUGAUAUGCAAUUUCUUGACUGUGUUGUCAAUUUUAUAGAAACAAUUCACGUCAUGAUGAGUGUGUUGCACUUAUUCAGCGAUGCACGAGAUUUGCCAUUAUUUUCAAUAAAGACGCCAAACACAUGUUUAUGGAUGUUUACUUUCUCGCUAAAGAGGGAUAAUCGCAUUCUAGCAAGAAUAUUUCGCUAUAGAGGAAGUAUCCCAACCCGUUAAACAUUUAGACUCGCGAAAUCUAUGGCGAGAUGUUGCGUGUAGUAUGGCAUUAACAUACUGACCAAUUCUGGUUUGUUUUUUAGUUACACUGUAUUGAGACCAAUUUGAUGGGGAUCUUUCAAAAAAAAUUAAAAAGAGAUUAUAAUUACUGUCAUUUAUUUGUGACCCAAAAAAUUGUAAUCAUAUUGUAUGUAUGCAAAUUCACAUUCCAGAAUCCAUAUAUUAUUUGACAUUUCAGAUUCAUGAUCCUGAUUUGGUUUCAUUGUAAUCAAAGUUUUCAAACACUAUUGAACUCGAUGUAAAGAAGAUGUUAGUUAUUUUACGUUUCUAAAGUUGGUUAAUUGUGUAGCAAACUUGAGUACUAUGAAUAAAAGAUUUUUUUAGCUUAAUCUCAAUUAUUGUAAGGGAGAAACUAUGCAAUCUUUUGUAAUAUCAAUGAUAAAUGGAGUAUGUAAACUGUAUUAAAAAAUAGCAAUGAAAAGGUUAAUUGAGAGAUAUGAUGGGAAUUAUAGCAUGUCUUUUUCUUUUCUUUUUUUUUUUUUAAAUCCAUGCCAGUUAAGCUCAUAACUGUUAUUAUUGAUAAAAGUAGAAUUGAAACAGAUGAUAUGAUUUUGAUUUUAUGAGUAUACUAAUAGCUGACUAAUUCAGAUAUAUCUGAGUGUCUCAAACAGUCCGGCCAGUUUUAUAUGCCUAACUUUUUCUUAAAAAAUCCAUGUAUACUGUUAAUAGUUUUUUGGGUUUUUUUUUUUUAUUGUUUGAUUUUUUAUUUGACUUUUACAUUAUGUACAUAUAUGUAAUUUAAUCUACACAAUAAUAUCAUCAAUAUUCAUAUGCAAAAGACAUUUCAUAAAUAUAAAGAAGGAGAAAGAAAGAAAGAAUACAUAUAAAACAAAGGGGCAUGGAACACAAUCUUAGGUUUAAAAAAAAAAACAAAAAAAAAACAACAACUUUUUAAUACAAUCAUAAUUUAUCAUAAAUAUUUUACCAGUAUCUCUCAAACUCCCUAUACCUGCAGUUUUUCUACAACAAAAGUUUUUCAACUGUAAUUCUAUCAAUGAUAAUUUUUUUGGAUGCAUCUAUACUUAAUUUGCUUAUACUUGAGAAUUUACUAAUAUAAAUAUAUUGCUUUAUCAUCAGAAUUAUCAAAUUUUCCACCUUGUGUACAUUCUUAUUAGAACUGUUAAUACUUUUACUAAGUUUUACUAAAUCAUGUUUCAUUUUAAAUGUUAUUCUCUUACUAUAGUUAGCCUAUGUUAUAAUCAUCAAAUUGAUAUUGGAGCAUAUAGUUAUAUAUCUUUACAAUUAAUGAUGUAGGGCAAAAAUGUUUAGUAGAUCUGCUUGCUACAUAUUUUGGGAACACUGAAUUGCAAAAUCUGUUUAAUCACUUGGAUCUUCAACACAAGCAGGUAUUUUAAGUUGAUUUUAGCAAUGAAUGCACACAAAUUAUCAAAUUGAGCUAUGAAGCAUAUCAAUUUUCACUUCAAGUUUUGAACAAUGUGAACAAAAUCGUUCUGAGUUAUGAUUUCUUUGACCAUAAAGAAAUUUCUUUUUUUCUAAAAACCCAAUUUUAAUCUUAUUGUAAUUUAAAAUGAUCACUAUUAACCAUCAGAAUUGUGUUUUGCUUUGGCCAAGAGAUGCAUUAGAGUAAUUAAUACUGUAUAUUUAUAGCUCACCUGAGCCAAAGGCUGAAGUGAGCUUUUCUAAUCGAUAUUUUUCUGUUGUCGGCAGCAUAAACUUUUCACAUUUUCAUCUUCUUCUCCAGAACCACAGGGCCAAUUUCAACCAAACUUGGCACAAAGCAUCCUUUGAUAAGGAGAUUAAAGUUUCUUCAAAUGAAGGGCCAUAUGCCCUCUUCAAAGGGAAGAUAAUCACAAAAAUGCAAAAAUUGGUGUCUCUUUAAAAAUCUUCAUCUCAAGAACCACUGAGCCAGAAGAGCUGAAAUUUACAUGAAAGCUUCCUGACAUAGUGGAAUUUCAAGUUUGUUAAAAAUCAUAAACCCUGGGUAGGGUGGAGCCACAAAAGGGGAUCAAAGUUUUACAUGCGAAUGUAUAGGGAACUAGGGGUGAAACGAUACAGUACCUUCUCGAUUCGAUUUUCGAUCUUUAGUCUCGAUUCGAUGAUUUUUGGUUUGAUACAAUAGUACCAAAUUCUUUAUAAUGCUAAGAUUUUUUUAUGUCUCGUAUUUAUUGCUCUCUGCAAAUAAAUUCUACAUAAUGUAAAAACGUUUAACAUAAAGCAACACUCUUAUCACUUGUCCUAAAGCCGAAGUGUCGCCAUACCCAGGAUUUAUACAUUGGGGUGCAUUUUUCAACUCGACUGCGUCCAUUUUGAUACAGCAAAGCUUACUCGAAUGUUGAUUGGACAAUUUUCAAGUCCAUUGGCUAAUCAGAAACUGUGUUAUCAAGAGCAAUGUGUGCUAUGAUUUUAGAACUAUCGAACCGAAACAGACCCCGAAUAAAUCGGGGUACCCAAUUGUAAAAAUCUCAAAUUCUCGUUUUUCAAAAAACAAAUGAAGAAUCAGGUACGGAAACAAUUUUUACUUUACUGGUCAAAACGACGUGAAAAGUUUACUAUGGAAAGUUAUAUAUGAAUUAAGAAAAACUCUAUGUAGAUUUCCAAUUAGUGCACAUGACCUUCGAAUUGAAAGAGGAAGAUAUGAAUUUACAAAAACCAAUUCUGGCCAGAAGAUUUCUUUAGAAAGAAACAAAAGAAUAUGUGAAUUAUGUAACCUUAAUUGUGUAGAAGAUGAAUUUCAUUUCCUUACUGAUUGUCCAUUCUAUGUUGAAGAGAGAAAUAUGUUUUUUAAUGGUAUAUACAAGCUCAACAAAAAUUUUAUUUAUCUAACAAAUAAGGACAAAUUUACUUGGUUGAUGAUUAAUGAAGACAAACCAGUAAUUGUCAAAUUGAGUGAAUAUUUAGUGCAAACUUUCAGAAAAAGAAGUGAUGCUUUAAAACUUCAAAAAUCAUUAUAGUUUAUUAUUCAUAUAUUGGUAUAAUACUGAUACUGUCCAUUUACUUGUAUAUAUACAUGAUUAGCAAUUCAUAUAUGUAUGUACUUGCUUCCCCAACAUGCUGCAUCCACAUGCAGUUUGCAGUCUAUGUAACCUGUAGUUAAUGUUGUAAACUUUCUUUCUUUUUUGAAUUUCCUUCUUUAUAAACUGUCUUACUGUUAUGCCCUCUGGGCCCAAAAUUGGAAUAAAUUUAUCUUAUCUAAAUCGAGCAUCGAAUCGAGACCACUACAUCAUGAUUCGGCCUCAUCGCGAUGCAUCGUUUCACCCUUAUAGGGAACCAAACUUGGCACAAAGCAUCCUUAAAUGAAUUUUGUUAAUUAUGAAAAGUCAUAUCCAUCUACAAGGGCAUAAUUAUGAUAAUGAAUGAAUUUGUAGUCAAGUUUAAUAAUCAAAGUUUGAUAAUUAAUGAAUUUUUAGUUUUUUUUUCUGAACCAAGCUGCUUGUAUAAUAAUAGUGUUGCUAAAGCUUGUUUAUUGCUAGGAACUGCUGCUCAGGUGAGUGAUGUGACCCAUGGGGCUCUUGUUUAAAUAUUGACAUAAAUUUCAAAGCCCCAUUGUAAGUCAGAGUUAGUGAGAGAGAAUUUUGUUAUCUAAUGUUACUAAAUGAGGUAAGAUGCUCACUUUGUACAGAGGCAUCUGUUGCUUGUUCCCAGCUUAAGUUAGACUAAAAGUGUUAAAAUAGGACAUUUCCUAAAUGCUAAAUGCUCAAGAUAACAAAUGAUUGUCAUGGAUCUCUUUAGAUGAGUCUUUCAAAGUUGUGGUCCUUUCAUGGUGUAGGCAUUGGCAUGAUAAAGAACCUUAAAUUUACUGCAGUGGUCAGAGUCCAUAGCAUAGGAUCAGCUUUACAUGUAUAACUGGUCACAUUUUAACUACAAUACAACGAAUCAAGACACCCUUUGGUUUUAGGAGGAAUUGCUGUAGGUCAUUAGUGAAUUGACACCCCUAUAAUACUGAGUAGAGGUAAUAUACUUACAUAUAUACAUACAUAUAUAUGCGUGUGUGUGUGUCCAUAAUACAGGCAAUGUAUGUACAUAUAAGCUCUAGUCCCUAGCAAUGAAUAAUCAAUUAGAUGUAAUUAUAGGUUUAAUCACUAGUCCUGAGUAUUAGCUCAAGUCACCUCACAAUAAAUGCAUCAGGAUAUGAGCAUGUGAUAUGAUGUGUAUCACAAUGUAGUUAUCAUGACUUGGAUGACAUAAGAUGGUUUUCUGCUCUUUAUUUUGUAGUGGGAGCACAUCUAGUAUUACUUUUAAAAUUACAAUACCUACUGCACGAACAUAUCAUAUAGUUCUGAGUUCAUGAUUUAUACAAAGGUAACAAAUAAAAAUUACUAGAAUAAAAAGGGUUAAAUUUCUUGCAAACUUAAUUGUCAGAUACCCAUUGCUGAUCUUGUCUUCUACUCAUCACCUGUGGGCAAACUAACCAAAAUAUCAUCCUUAAAUAUGAUCUGAGCACAUUAAUUACACAUGACAAUAUUUUGGAUAGUUUGCCCAUGGUAUCAUAUUGAUGAUACGAUACUCGAUAUCAUAUUGAUGAUAUGAUACUCGAUAUCAUAUUGAUGAUAUGAUACUCGAUAUCAUAUUGAUGAUAUGAUACUCGAUAUCAUAUUGAUGAUACAAUACACGAUAUCAUAUUGAUGAUACGAUACUUGAUAUAUUGAUGAUAUGAUACUCGAUAUCAUAUUGAUGAUACGAUACACGAUAUCAUAUUGAUGAUACGAUACUCGAUACAAUAUUGAUGAUACGAUACAUGAUAUCAUAUUGAUGAUACAAUACAUAUAAUGCAAUCAGAAUAUUGUAUUGUUACACCUCUACUAAUCACUCAUAAAAACAAUUUUGGUCAUUUUUCAAAGUUCAGCUUGAGUACUUUCUUAAAAAACAAAAAUCGGUAAUUUAUAAGAUCUAAUUUCUGGUUGAAAUUUUGGUAUGUAGUCCCAUUCAGAAAUGAAAAAAUACCCAUAAAGUGAUUGAUAAAUGCAUGUUUUAUACAUACCCCAAGAGAAGAUUGAAAAUCAUAUUUAAAUUUAAAGUUAGAAAACACCUGCAAAUGUUGUGUGCCUGUCAUGGAUUUAAGCCCCACUCAUGUAUUACACUAACGUUAUUUGUGACAUCAUAAUGCUUUGUAAACGUUAACGAUGCUGUAGUAGAUAACAACGGACAGUCCAAAUAAAUGCUACCCACUUCACAAGUCGCAACAGUGCCACUGUAAAAGUAUUUGUCUAUUAAUAAUUUUAUUUUCCCAAAGUGCAGAUAAAAAUCACAAAGACAUCAACCUCUUUAUUUCUAGUAAUUAAAAAAUUCUAAAGCUUAACAUGCUAAAGGAAUGAUCAAAUUUUACAAUGAAAUAACUGUCACACACAAGCAGUAAAGCUAUAGAAUUCAAUAUUUUGUAGUUCAUAUUCUCUAGAGUUUUAAAAUGUUAAUGAAUGUAUUGAGGAUGAGCUAAGACUAUCUACCUGUACUUAUCACCUAGCUUAAGCUACUCACCUUUAAAUCUACCUGUACUUAUCACCUAGCUUAAGCUACUCACCUUUAAAUCUACCUGUACUUAUCACCUAGCUUAAGCUACUCACCUUUAAAUCUACCUGUACUUAUCACCUAGCUUAAGCUACUCACCUUUAAAUCUACCUGUACUUAUCACCUAGCUUAAGCUACUCACCUUUAAAUCUACCUGUAUUUAUCACCUAGCUUAAGCUACUCACCUUUAAAUCUACCUGUACUUAUCACCUAGCUUAAGGUAGUGAUUGCAUGGCAUCACGUGGUUUAAUUCAUGUAUUAUCUAAAAAGAGAUUAUUUUCGUUUCCGAUUCCGGAAUACGUCAAACGCUAAGCAUCAGUAAUGAUGAGAGACAAUCGAAACAAAGACUUGUCAGAUAUAACCAGACACAGGAUAAAGUGAAAAUAUGUUUAGAAAUAUACAAGUAAAAUAAAAUACAAAUGAAAAAUCCCUUGUGUUUUAAUUAUUGAAUAAGGCCUAUCUUAUAAAUAAUAGUCAUAGUUUACGUCUCCAUGAUUCAUAUACCCCCCCCCCCCCUGCUCCCCGGUUAAUUUUCAGUCUUACAAAAUGUAAAUUUAAUUCACAAACCACUAGGCCUAUUAAAAUUAUGAUAUAUAAUGCUAUAAAUUUCAUUACAUGCACAUAAAUCUAAAAUGCUGGAUGUAAUAUCCAAGGGAAACUGUUAGGCCAAGGAAUCACGUACGGGUUAUGUAAACGCGUCAUUUUGAGCAAAAAUUAUCAAUAAUUUUAAUCAUAUCUUUCCUAAGUACACUAUACAUAGAUUUAAAACCUUUAUUUUGCUACAAAUAUUCCCAUCCUCCACUUUGAGAUCGUCAGCUAAGAGCCUUCGAGUCGGGGAAUCGAGGAAAUCUACUAUGUAAUGUGGAUGUUCACAGAAAUCAAAAAGUGUGAAUUUCGAAAACAACACUUGCUGUUAUUAUGUUUUUCUCAAUUAGUUCAGUUAUUUCUUAUAAUUUAAAAAAUAAUGAAAGUUUUGUUGUUUUUGAUAAUCGCUUGGUUUGAAAAGAAAAAAAAAAAACGUCGCAGGUAAUACGACAUCACAAUGCACAGCUUACAUCGGCCAUGUUAUAUUUCCCGCGUUUUUAACAUACGCUUACAGAGCAUGAAUAUACAAGUAAUUUCAAAUAGAAAGUGAUAAAAAUAUCUCCAAAGCAACAGUACUAUCAUUCUAUGUAGAAUAAAUUCAAUAAUAAACAUCAAAACAUUUUCAUAGUUUUAAUAUGAGUUGAAAUAAAUGCAUGUAAGAUGCCUAUCUAUUGUAAGUAUCACUUGCAGCAUUUAUGUAAGGAGGGGGAGGGGGUAACUAUAGUGAUCAUAGCGCCAUAGUAAACCUGAAAAGCAAUAUUGAUACUUUCAGCAAAAAUUCCUCCUAACAUAUGUUAAAACAUAUUUAAAAAUAAAAAAAAUUAAUUGGUUAUAUAUUCCUCAGGGGGUGAAAUUAUGUCUGCUUUGGUGAAUAAUUGCCUUCUAAAAAUUGCGAAAUUGCUCAUAAGCAGCCCUGCUUCUACUUCAUAUGAAAAUCAAUGGACAUAUUAAUACAAAUUAUAUAUUAUUUAAGGCUUUAACUUCAAUUUGAUUUAAAAUUUGUAUCCCUUACCCCUUUUGUAUCAUUUUUAAACAUCACCUCAAAUACCUGUACCAUUUAUUACGGAAAGUAGACAAGAGGGGUUACUAUGACAACCGUAGCGUCACAAUUUCCGUGAAAACCAUAUAUGAUACUUUCAUAAUGAGUUGCAGAUACUGUUAACUACAAAAUAUGUAAAAAUAAAAAAAAUUCAUAGAUUCAUUAAUUUUCAAUGACCCAUGCAAUCACUACCUUAAGCUACUCACCUUUAAGUCUACCUGUACUUAUCACCUAGCUUAAGCUACUCACCUUUAAAUCCUACCUGUACUUAUCACCUAGUUUAAACUACUCACUUUUUACCUAACAAAGGGCUCUCCUCUGAAAGGUUGCCUAGAUUUAAGUUUCAAAUUUCUUCAACCUGUUGAGUGGUUUGAUGUAAUUCAGUUAGUCAUAGGUUAGAGCUGUUUAUAUUAUUGAAAGGGAGUCAAGUCAUGAUUGACUCUCUGUUAGUUUAAGUGUGAGCAGCUCUAUAGUAUAAGUGAUAAGCAGAUCAGAUAGAUAAACCUUCACUCAUCCCACCUCUGCCACCAAAUGUAAUGGGGAUUAGCCAACUAGGCUUUUUGCCUUUUCCUAAGCUGCUCACCUUUAACUUAAUGAAUUUCAACAAUUUACUGGACCCCCCCCCCCAGAUAUGCUAGGAGGGAAUGGGGAACAUACUAAUUACAGGGGGGGGGGGGGGGGCAUGGUGAUUUUGGCAUUUGAAUUAUUAUGUUACUUAAUUACAUGAACUAUAUAUUGAUCUGAAAUGUAAGCAGUUUUGAAGAAAACAAUGUCUCAAAAACUCUUUUAUUUAAAGUUUUUACAGUGUUUUUGAUAAUAAGUUUAAGUAUAUUUUGUGCAAAGAGAUUUUAUCUCAUUUACAAAAAUAUCUGAAGUUUUUUUUAAGUAGAAGGAAAUAUUUUUAAGGAGAUAAUUGUAGAACACAACAGAGAGAAUUGUUAUGGCUGGAAAGCAGAGGACAUGUACAAUAAAAAAAUUUAUUCAAAAACAUUUGAAUUGAUCUUAUUUAGUGAAAUAAUAUGAUUUUAGUCGGAUAACACCAUGACAAAAAUUAAAACUUUUGCAGAAUUUGAAGUUGCAAUCAUAGUAUAAAGAAAUUCAUGCAGUUAUGUAAAUGUAUUUGGGUUCCAUUCUGUAUAAACAGUUAGAUAAUCUUGAGUUUAAUUGAACAAUUAUUUGUAAUUAACCUAACCACCUGAAUACCUUGUCCAGAAUGAGUAUUGGGUAAUUAACAUUAUUAUCAAGAUGUUCACUCAAACCAAUAAUAAGUGGUACAUGAGGUCAAGUACAUGUGAUACAUUCCAAUGGGAAAAGGGAUACAGGGAAGAGAAACACAAACAUAAUUAUGUUCACAUUAGGAGAGAAAAAAAGGAAAUGAGAGAGAGAAAAAAAUAAAAUAUACAUGUAUGUAUGAGUUAUGGAGGACAGAUUAAAUCGUAUAUUUUUUUUAUAAACAAACAUAGGUUUCUGAAUUUAUUUAGCACUUGUAUAGUUGACAUUAUUUCAGAAAAUUUAACCACAUUUGAUUUGGAUUUGUAUAAUACCUUGAAUGUAAAAAUUGAGAUAUGAGGAUUUAUUCACCCAAGAAAAGUCAUAUUCCCCUCAGGCAUUGCCCUUGGGGAAUAUGAUUUUUUCUUGGGUGAAUAAAUCUUCAGAUCUCCUUCACUAUCAUACAAUAAAUGUAUAAUUUCAACUUGUAUUUUACAUGAGAGUAUGCAUAAAAAUCUCAAGAAUCACAGGCCAUAAUUAGUCAUAUCUAUAUACAAGCACUGGAGCUAUGUCCGUUUUGGGCCCAAACUCUGUGAUACCAUAAAUAUAGUUUGGGCCCAAAAUGGGCUUAGACUCUGUGUAUACAAGCAUUCCGAUGUAGUGCAGAUUCAUUUUUUAUCAAAUCAUGGCCCCUGGGGCUAGGAUGGGUUUAAAAUACUAGGGAUUCAACGUUUUGCAUGAGAAUAUGUAAAUUUUAAAAAAGUCUUGUUAAGAUUAGCAGGGCCACACUGUAUCAUGCAAACAUUUCCAAGUUGUGUGGAUUAAAUUUUUUUCUUUUCAAAUUGUGGACCCUGCAUGGACUAAAAUCGAGGAUCAAAUAUUUAGAUAAUACAUGUACAUUAAUAUAGGGACACAUCUUUUAAAAAUCAUCUCCAGAACAGCAAGGCCAUGUUAGUCAUAUUGAUAUUUGAAACAUCCCUAUACUGUGUGGAUUAAGUCAUGACCCCAUAGGGCUAGGGAGGGGCUUAAUAUGGGUCAGAAUUUUUCAUGGAAAUGAAGGGAGUAAAAAAAUCAUGUAAUUUCCCCCCCCCCCCCUAAAGAAUAUCAGGGCCAUGUUGACUCAGAUGAGUGAUGCAGCCCAUGGGCCUCUCCCUUGCUUAUCACAGGGACACCCAGUUCUCAGAGAUUUAAAGAUACACCCUUGCACCAUCUACACAGUAGAGCACUUUUAUUUUAUGUCUUGCCUUGUGUGAUACUAGGAUGAUUGUCAACGCCCGGGGGCCUCUUGUUUUACUACAUUGUUAGAGGUUCAAUUCACUUACUGGUAUGACUGUGUUAGCCUACUGACUUGCAGUUAGAAAACAAACUUGCAGUAUGUGUGUACUUAUAUGAUUUAAGUUCUCAGUCUUGAUUUUUAUGCCCCAGUUUGAAGAAGAGGAGGCACAUGUCAGCUGGUCUGUCAGAAGAUUGGUAGACCAAAUGUUGUCUGCUCAAUAUCUUGAAAACCCUCUACCUUAAAAACAUCAAACUUAGUAUACUGGUAGCCCCUAAAGAGUAGAUGGCCCCCAUUGAUUUGGAGGUCCAAAGGCCAGGGGUUAUAAACUACUCCAGUUAUAAAAAAUAUUGUUUGCUUAAUAUCUUGAGAACCCUUUGCUUGAUCAUAGACAUCAAACUUAGUACACUAGUAUCCCCAGAGGAGUAUAUGACACCUGUUAACUUUAAGGUCAAAGGUCAGGAUCAGAGACAUAAGAAAAUAAUUGUCUGUUUGAUAUUCUGAGAACCUUUUGCUUGAUUUGACAUUAAACUUGGUAGACAUGUAAACCCUAAGAAAUAAAUAAUCAUUUAUCAUAAGGUUAGAGGUCAAAUUUGUCUGCACAUCAGAAACUCAAUAUUUUGAAAACUCUUUGCAAGAUAAAUGAAGGUCAAAGAAUUUUUUGAGUUCACCAUUUUUUUGAUAAAAGACUACACAUUGAUUUAUCGGUCAAAAUGUAGCAUGUUUUUAUAACUUCUUUUUAGCUCACCUGAGCCAAAUAGGCUCAGCUGAGCUUUUCUGGUCAAAAUUUGUCCGUUGUCUGUCGUAAGUGUCGUUGGCGUAAACUUUUCACAUUUUCAUCUUCUCCAGAACCACAGAGCCAAUUUCAACUAUUCUUGGCACAAAGCAUCAUUGAGUGAAGGGCUUUCAAGUUUGUACAAAUGAAGGGCCAUGCCCCCUUCAAAGGGGAGAUAAUCACAAAAAUGCAAAAAUUGGGUGGGGUCAUUUAAUUUAAAAAUCUUCUCAAGAACCACUGGGCCAGAGGAGCUGAAAUUUACAUGAAAGCUUCCUGACAUAGUGCAAGUUCAAGUUUGUUAAAAUCAUGACCCCCAGGGGUAGGAUAAUGCCACAAUAGGGGAUCAAAGUUUUACUUACAAAUAUAUAGGGAAAAUCUUUUAAAAUCUUUUUCUCAAGAAACACUGGGCCAGAAAUGCUGAGAUUUAUGUGAAAGAUUCCUGACAUAGUGCAGAUUCAAGUUUUUUAAAUCAUGGCCCCCGGGGAUAAGAUGGGGCCACAAUAGGGGAUCAAAGUUUUACAUAGAAUUAUAUUGGGAGAAAAUCUUUAAAAUCUUCUGAUGAAGAACCACAGAACUAGGAAAGUACAGAUUUACAUGAAAGCUUCCUGACAUAGUGCAGAUUCAAGUUUGUUAAUAUCAUGGCCCCCAGGGAUACCUGGGAUAUGGUGGGGCAACUAUAGGGGAUCAAAGUUUUACAUACAAAUAUAUAGAGAAAAUCUUGAAAAAUCUUCUUCUCAAGAACCAUUGGGCCAAAGAAGUUUACAUUUACAUGAAAGCUUCCUGACAUAGUUUCUGAUUCAAGUUUGUAAAAAUCAUGGCACCCGGGGUAGGUUCGGGCCACAAUAGGGACCAAAGUUUUACAUGUGAAUAUAUAGGGAAAAUUUUUAGAUAUGGGCCAAGGUGGCUCAGGUGAGCGAUGUGGCCCAUGAGCCUCUUGUUAUUUUGACUGUCUCACUUUAAGCCAUAGAUCAUAGAAAAGUUAAUGACCCUUAAUAUAUUUCACGGUCAUUAUAGACAUUAUCAAUUUUAAGUUGAUCUUUUUCGAUAUUCCCAUAAGGGGGAGGGGGGGAGUUGUUGUUUCAAAAAUAUUUCUUGUAAAUUAGUUUUAUUUCAGUCAUUAUAUAGAUGCUAUAGAUUUAUACAUUUAUUUGAUCAGAACACAUGCACAAAGUGUCAUCAUGUAUAAGUUACUGUAACAGUUAUAAAUGUCCUCACAAACCAUUCAGAGUGCCAUAAAGACUGUUUAUUAUGUUACAAAAUUGCUGUGCUUGAGAAUUUGAUGCAUUAAGCUACAUGUAAAAUUUCCUUAAGUAAUAACUAUAAAGGGUAUAUCUUAAAAAGUAACUUCCUUAUGGUAUUCUUCAAUGUUGACAAGUCGUUUGCUUAAUAUAAAUUCAUAAUCCCAUUUUUUAACCCCAAAUUUUGGGUCGUUUAUUUUCUGUAAACUUAAGCAAAAAUACUCUGAUGUAUAUUUUAUGUUUACAUAUUCAAAGAAUUCAAGCAGUAUCAUGUCAUAUAUAGUCAUGAUAGCUGUUGCUAGGAAAAUAAUAUUUUUCCUGAAUGAAUCACUUCCUGAAUGCAUGCAGUCUCAACUAUGAAUGUAUACGGCUUAUAAUAAAUAAUACGUCUAACAUGUUUUUAUAGUGAGGCUAUUUGCGUGUUGUAAAAGGAUGCAAAUUUUGUGACCAUUUUAAUUACUCCGUCAUAAUCUGUCUCUUGAAAUGGAAAAAUAAAAGGAAGUAGAAAGAUGGCAAGAUGGAAGAGUGUUUUAGGGAGUAAAAAUGCUGCCUCCUCAAUGAGUAAGCAGCCAUCUUCAUUCUUUGAAUCAUCAUAUUUCAUUCAUCAGAGAUAUGAGGACACUGCCUUGGUAAUAUUUCAACAGCAGCAAAGAAAGAAACGAGACUCGACAUUUGAAAUGAAAAGACCUGUCCAUAGGGACCACGAACCUAAAAAAAGCCAUGUAGAACUUGGGCAUUAUGGAAAUCCUGGCGUAAUUGUUAAGGGAAACAUUACAAAUGAAAUGAAAGUGCACGUGGACAAGACCCCUGUGCAGUCUACUGUAUGUGUUAUAGUGUGAUGUAGGACUUGUGGGUAGACAUCUCUGUUGCAUGCUGUUUAGAUGGGUUUAGAUUCUAUGUGCAUGUUGAAGUAGACCAAUUUCCUAUUAUUUAGAGCUUUUUAUGUAACUUUAUUUAAGCGUAGCUUUGUUGUAUAUGAACAAUGGAACUGCAUCCUAUAUUAGAGAGGGAUACUGUCCCCAACACUGGGCUAUGGUAUGUGUUAUCUGCUUUGGGAGAUUCUCCCUCAAUCCGUGUUGGUCACACAUGUACUCAUGUCAAGGGGUUAUCAGAUGGGGACAAUGGGAAGCUUUAUGUGAUAGGUGGUGCCAAUCCUAGCGGAGCUUUCUGUGAUACUUUUGUUCUUGAUCUCAAUACUAUGUUGUGGGAUAUUGUGGACUAUCCAGGAUUCAGAGCUAGAUAUGAACAUGCAGCUUUUGUUCCGCAAUCAGAGCCCGAGAAAAUAUUUGUAUUUGGAGGUGCAGAUCCUACUGGAAACAUGAAUGAUAUUCAGGUGCUAGAUACUGCUACUAACUCCUGGUCCACUCCCAAUAUCACUGGCACCUUACCUACCCCUCGUACCUAUCAUACCACCGCUGUCGUAGGAGACAAGUUCAUUGUGUAUAGUGGAGGCCAUAGUGGGCCAGACCCUGUGGGAGAUAGACAAGUUCACUGUUUUGAUGUUAAAACAUCUGCAUGGUCAAUUCUUCCUGUCAAGGGAGAUUCUCCAAAGCCCCGUCAUGGUCAUGUGAUGGUUGCUGUUGGAAACAGAUUAUUCAUUCAUGGAGGAAUGGCUGGGUCAGCGUUUUAUGAUGAUUUCCAUCUUAUGGAUCUGGAUAAAAUGUCUUGGUCUAACAUUCGUCGAAAAAAAGUUACUCCACAAGCAAGGGCUGCUCAUAGUGGAGUAGCAGUGGGAAAAGAUAUCUACAUCUUUGGAGGCAUGAGUAGAGAAGGAGCUUUGGAUGAUCUGUAUAAAUGUGACACAAGUACUAUGUUAUGGACUAAGAUAGAGCUUCAGGGCCCACCUCCAGCCUGCCGUUUGGACUUUGGCAUGUGCCAGAUAAAGUUAUUCAGGAGUCUUAACAGUGAACCAGAUGAUCAGGAACUAGUCACUCAAGUUCAGCAAACCAAGGAGAUUCUGGAUCGAGAGCUGAAACCAGGAAGUGCGAGUUCUCGUGACAGUCGACAGGACACUGGAUCAGAGAGUUCCAGUGUGACAUAUGAGAUCCCACAGCCUACAACUGAUGAUGAGGAUGAGGAAACACCACGGGCAGAGGGCGCCACUGCUUCCCUGAACUCUCCUGUGUCUGAUGGCAAAGAAAUGAACUUCCUUUUAGUUCACGGUGGAAUGGACACAGAAGGAGAAAUAUUUGAUGAUGCUCUUGUUCUAUUAACUGAACAACCACCAUAGAUUAAUUAAUAAUUUGCAUCUGCACAUGAAGUUCAUUCUGCUUAGAUGUUUAUGUGUCAAUCAUAUUGCAGUAGUUGCCAAAUUUUGAUAUUUUAUUUUUACAUCCAUACAAUGAACAAACGCAAUGUUGAUGCACUCCCAUAACAAAAAGUUCGUUUUGAAAUAAAUUUCUUAUAAUCAGAA